UGGCGCGCCGUCCUUGAAGAGGAUUGCGCGAGCCGAAGGGGCGGGCGGGGCUCUGGUUUCCAAUCACAAAAGCGUAACCCGAGCAAAAGCGACGCGGAGCGGCUCCGGAUCCGCCUCCUUCCCCUUGCCCGGCUGACAUUGUCUUCUUUCCCCUCCUCCAUCCAGGCUGUUCCUCAGCUGCGCUCCUCGUCUUCUCGUUGCUCCUGCUGCUGCUAAGCCGGUCGUAGGCGCACAAACAAACCCCAGAGAAAAAAAUGGCUUCGCUCAAGGAUAAAUUGAUCACACCCGUGACACAGCCGGCCACCAAGCCAAACAACAAAGUCACCGUGGUAGGAGUCGGUCAAGUUGGGAUGGCUUGUGCCAUCAGUGUCCUGGAAAAGGGUCUCUGCGAUGAGCUUGCACUGGUUGAUGUCCUGGAAGACAAACUGAAGGGAGAAAUGAUGGACCUUCAGCAUGGAAGCUUAUUUCUUAAGACACAUAAGAUCGUAGCGGGCAAGGAUUACGCAGUCACCGCUAAUUCCAAGGUUGUCGUCGUGACUGCCGGAGUCCGCCAGCAGGAAGGAGAGACUCGCCUGGACUUGGUCCAGAGGAACGUGAACGUCUUCAAGUUCAUUAUCCCGCAGGUUGUGAAACAUAGUCCGGACUGCAUCAUCCUGGUUGUUUCGAACCCAGUGGAUAUCCUCACCUACGUUACGUGGAAACUGAGCGGGCUGCCUAAGCACCGUGUCAUCGGCAGCGGUUGCAACCUCGAUUCCGCCCGGUUCCGUUUCCUGAUGGCUGAAAAGCUGGGCGUCCAUCCCACCAGCUGUCACGGUUGGAUCCUGGGAGAACACGGCGAUUCCAGCGUGGCUGUCUGGAGUGGGGUUAACGUCGCAGGUGUUUCCCUCCAGCAGCUAAACCCUGACAUGGGGACUGAACAAGAUCCGGAGGGCUGGAAGAAAGUCCACAAGGAGGUGGUUGACAGUGCCUAUGAAGUGAUCAAGCUGAAAGGAUACACCAACUGGGCCAUUGGCAUGAGUGUUGCCGACCUACUGGAGACCAUCUUCGGGAACCUUUGCCGAGUUCAUCCAGUGUCCACUAUGGUAAAGGGCAUGUAUGGCAUUGAAAACGAAGUGUUCCUGAGCCUGCCGUGUGUGCUGGGGUCUGUCGGCUUGACCAGCGUGAUCAACCAGAAGCUGAAGGACGACGAGGUGUCCCAGCUCCAGAAGAGUGCCACCACGUUGUGGAACGUCCAGAAGGACAUCAAGGACCUGUAGGCUUAGGAGGGCCGCCUUCCCACCAGUAGCAGCAGCAGCAGCAGCAGGAAUGAUAACCAACGUCCAAAGUUGGACCCCGCAAUUUUGCGCGAGCCUCUCUAGCGUAUCUCCGUAGCUGAGCUUCCAGUAAUCAACCCCAAAACCGUACGAGUUUUCACCCACCACGGUUAAGAUGUGUGCUUGGUGUAACGCAGACCUUUUCAAACUAAAUAAAACCAGCUCUUUUGUGUGUGCUC